AACUCUGACAAGAAGCAGAAGUCAGGUUCUUAGCAGCAGAGAGAUUGAAACCUCCGCUGAGGCUGGAGCUGACGAUCGGAGAGGAGGUGGAGAGGGGGAGAGAGAGAGAAGAGAAGCAGCGAUCAGGAGCUGACCAUGGACGACGAGUUGCUGGAGCUGCAGAGGCAGUUCGAGUCCGCUCAGCAGGCGAAAUCAAGCAUCCGAUUGUCGGAACGGAACGUCGUCGAAUUGGUCCAGAAGCUGCACGAACUCCAGAUCAUCGAUUUCGAUCUCCUCCACACCGUCUCCGGCAAGGAAUACAUCACUCCUGAGCAACUGAGGUAUGAAAUGGUGUCAGAGGUAGAGAAAUUGGGCCGUGUUUCUCUAAUUGAUCUUGCCGAUUCUACGGGAGUUGAUUUAUACCAUGUUGAGAAGCAAGCUGAGUAUGCAGUAGCCGAUAAUCCUGGCCUUAUGUUGAUUCAAGGGGAAAUUAUAUCACAACAUUACUGGGACUCUGUAGCAGAAGAGAUAAAUGAGAGGCUUCAAGAGUGUAGUCAGAUAUCUCUUGCUGAGCUAGCAACACAACUACAUGUUGGUGUAGAGUUACUGACCUCAAUAUUAAAGCCUCGCCUUGGGACCAUGGUGAAAGGUAGACUCGAAGGUGGGCAGUUAUAUACCCCUGCAUAUGUUGCACGAGUUAGUGCAAUGGUUCGUGGUGCUGCUAGGGGAAUUACAGUUCCAACCAAUUUAUCUGCUUUGUGGAGUUCUUUGCAGCAUCUGCUGCAGGAAAUGGAUGGAGCGAGUGGAAUUGCUGUUGAAGGUUCAUUUUUCCAAGCACUGUUCAACGGGCAAGUGAAGGAAGGCCAGCUACUUGGAUCUCUUCGAGCAGGAGUUUAUUGGACACCAACUGUUUUUGCCGGUGCUCAGAAGGAAUGCAUAGAUUCGUUCUUUUCUCAGAACUCCUUUAUCAAUUAUGAAAUGCUCAACAAACUAGGAAUUUCGCAGCCUGUGCAGUUCUUGCAGUCCAGAUAUCCUGAUGGUUUGGCUUUAGUAAAUGCUUUCGCGCACCCUUCAUUGACUGAGAUGGUGAAUGCUGCUGUUGAAGAUGCAAUUGAACGUGGUAGCUGGAUUGAUUCUCUCUCUGUAUUACCUACAUCAUUUGGUUCUCAAGAUGCAUCAAAGAUUUUAUCACAUUGUCAGUCUCUUCAGUCAGCGCUCAAGUCUCAGAAAGCUUUCAUUUUUGGAGAUUCCUAUGUGUUCAGUCAUACCUUUGUGAAGGAUGUCUAUGAUCGUAUCGAAAAAGAAAUGGAAUCAUUUAAUGUUUCAGGAUCCACUGGUAUGGGCCUUUCUGAUGAUAUAAGCUCUCGCAAUAAUGAUAGAGUGAGUCAUGAUUCCAGCACUUCCGUUGAGGCAAAUGACAGUCCUAGUGAGAGUAGUGGUAAACAUGCUAUGGAGAAAGGAUCAAGGAAGAAGAGGGGAAAGGCUUCUGGCAAUACAAAAACUGUUAUAGUUGAAGGUACUUCAGAUAACCAGGAUUACGUUCCAGCAAAAUCUAAGAAGAACCAGAAGAAAAGCAAGGACACAUCUUCCUUGCAUGUCUCAGAAGUAAAAUCAGGUGCAAGAAAAGAUCCCAGAUCACAGGAGGAAAGUCUUAAUGUCCCUUCUGAAGAAUGGGUAGUUCAACAGAUUAUGACUCUGUUCCCUGAUUGGGAAGAGCAAGGAAUCGAUGAUCCGCAUACCAUACUUAGACCUUUAGCUAACCAUCUGAGACCCAUGCUGAUAAAUUCUUUAAAGGAGAAAAGGAAGGCAUUACUUACCGAAAAUGCUGACAAAAUGAAACGAAUUCUUGAUGAUUUGCAAAGGAAAGUGGAUGAGGCUUUCUUAAACCUGCAAUUAUAUGAAAAGGCAUUAGAGUUGUUUGACGACGACCAGUCAACUUCAGUGGUUUUGCACCGCCAUUUAUUGAGAACAUCAGCUGCUUAUAUUGCAGAUACACUCUUUAUUAAUUUGGACAUAUACAACAAAGUGAAGAGCGGACUUGAAGUUGAAAAUUCUCAGAAUUCAGAACUAGUUUCACUCAGUCCUGGAGAAAGAAUUGAUCUUGCAAAGACUUUCAGAGGAUCUAUGUCAAAGAAAGCUCUUGCAGUUGCUGAAGUUUUGGAGGGAAAACGGAUUGAAACAUUUAUGGUUGCCCUCAGAGAUUUUGCAGAAGAAAGUGGAAUAGUCCUGAAGAAGCUAGACAAGAAAUUGGAAAGAACACUCCUACAUUCUUAUCGCAAGGAUUUGAUGUCCCAAGUAUCUGCUGAGACUGAUCCGGUGUCUCUUCUGCCAAAAGUGGUUUCCCUACUUUAUAUUCAAUUUCAUAAUAAAGCUCUUCAAGCUCCUGGGAGAGCUAUUUCUGUUGCUGUUUUGAGAUUGAAGGAUAAACUAGAUGAGUCAGCAUACAAGAUCUUGACGGAUUACCAAGCAGCAACAGUAACCCUUCUUGCACUUGUCUCAGCUGCAACUGGCGAUGAACAAGACUGCUCAUCCGAUAGAAUUACGACCAAGAGGGAGUUUCUGGAGGGCUUAAUGCCACAGCUGAAAGGCAUAGUUUUAACCCCCUCUCAACCUUGAGAUAAGCAUAUCAGGCGCCAAGGAAUGCCCUGAGAGAACUGGAGCUUCUGCACUGGUCGGGAGGAAAAAUUGUGUAUUUUCAGUUGAUUAAUCAGUAGAAUUAAGUGAUGUAUUAACUUAUUGGUUAUAAUGUUUGUUAGGCGUAGAGCCAUAGGGGAGGAAUUGACCCUGAAAUUUUUUUGCCUUUCGCCCCCUAUUAUUAUUGCAAGAUUAGAAGUAGCUCGUGCCA